CGCCCCGCGGCACCGGGCAGGGCGGCUCCGCCUUCCGCCGGGAGGGAGGGGCGAGACGGGGCUCAGCGCGGCGGCGGUGCCCGGCUGGCGGGCCUGGGCCUGGGCCUUCCGCAGAGCACUCUGGCCUGGUCCUUUGCUGUGUCAGACAGACAUGACAGAGCAGGAGUAUGUCCUCUGCACCUGGAAGAAACGUCUGUGGCCUGCCAAGGUGUUGUGCAAAUCUGGAGCUGCUGGGAAAGGAUCCACCAGGGAUGGGAGGAAGACUUCAUUUGAAGUUGAAAUACUUGGCUUGGAGGAGCAGGUGAGUGUGAGCCGUGCCAAGGCUGUGCCACUGAAGGAGGAGAGCAUAGAGAGCAUCGCCUCCAGCUUAGAGCAGAGGAAAGACUCAAGUGAGGCCCUGGAGGAGCUGAAAUAUCGCCGAUCCCUCAAGAUUGCCCUGGAUAUUUUGACUCAAAACGGCUUAGCCAGGCAAGUGGCACCUUCCAGAGGACCAAAGGCUCUGUUGCCUCAGGAGGACGCGACAGGAACUCUCUCCUCUGCCUGCUUAGGCAGCUGUCAAAUGCUCCUUAAAGGAAUGUCAGAGCCUGAGACUCCCAGGAAGAAGAGAGAGCAAAGAAAUAACCUCAGCCCUAAGACUGAGAGGAAAAACCCAACCCAGAAAGCUUCCCUCAGGCCGGGGGAGAGCAGAACAAACCCUUCCAGGUGUUCUGCUGGGGACUUAUCUCCUCCAGCAAAGCCAGAGAGUGGAAAUGGCAAAACACCAGCACCAGAAUCCCUCCCCAGGGAGAAAACAGCCAAGCCCAGGUCGUUGGCCAAGUGCAGCCCAAGAAGCAAAGCCUCCAAGGAGGAGAGGAGGAAGCAAAGAGGAAGGCAACCAAGAGCUGCAGGAUCAGCUGUGGCAUGUGGGGAUGAUUCCCCCCAGGAUCAAGCUCCACUCCUCCCUGUGGCUGCAUCUCCUGUCAGGAAGGUGACCACCAGGAGUCAGCCUAGAAGGACCUUGCUGAAUUUGUGCCCGAGUGCCUCGGAGGACCUGGGAAAAAGCAUCAGCAGCGAGAGUGGGAGCUUGGUGGAGCAGCUGGAUGGGAGGAAGAAGCCACGGAGCUUGAAAAGGGUUAACGGAGAGCAGGAGAUGGGAGCAGCUCUGCCCUCGGGCAGGAAGAGGAAGCGCAGGAGUUGCCCCAAACCUUCAUCUGAGCCUUCUCCCCGGGGGACAGUGCUGGAGAGGUUCCCCUGGCAGCCUGAAGAGAAGGGAAAUGAGAACAGUUCACCAGAGGCCACCAGCAAAAUAAACCACUUUCAGCUGCCUGACUUUGAGGAAGAUGAAGGACUGGAAUUGUCUGACCUGUCUUCAAAGAUCCCACCCUCUGAGAGCCUCUCUCACCUCUCAGCUUUGUUAGAUGAGGAGGAAGAGGAAGAUGAAGAGCUGCCCUCUAUUUUAUCCCCUCAAGAGCCCCAAGCCAUCGAGGAAGGGAUUUUGGUCUGGUGCAAGCUGCGAGGGUAUCCCUACUGGCCAGCAGUGGUGAAGACCAUCAAGAGGAAGCACAAGAAGGCCUGCGUGCUCCUGAUCGAUGGCAGCACCAGCGAGAGGAAGAAAGGCUUCUCAGUCCCUCUGAAGAGUCUGAAGCACUUCGACUGCGAGGAGAAGCAGGACCUCAUAGACCGAGCCAGGGAAGGCUACAGGCAGGAGAUCGAGUGGUGUGUGCGGCUCAUCGGCGACUACCGCAUCCGCCUGGGUUGUCAUUCCUUCACGGGAUCCUUCCUGGAGUAUUUUGCUGCUGAUAUCAGCUACCCGGUGAGGAAGGAAGGCUACCAGGAUGCCCUCCAGAUGACCUUCCCAAACCAGACAGAGGCCAACGGUGAAGAGUCUCCCUCGGAAACUUCUCCUCCAAAGCCACCCAAGAAGCUCCUCCCUGACAGGUCGAGGGCAGCCAGGGACAGGGCGAAUCAGAAGAUCGUGGAGUUCAUCGUGAAGACCAAAGGGGCUGAGGAGCACCUCCAGGCUAUCCUGAAGAGCAGGAAGCAGUCCAGGUGGCUGAAGGAGUUCCUGAACUCGGGCCAGUAUGUGACCUGUGUGGAAACCUAUUUAGAGGACGAGGAGCAGCUCGACCUGGUUGUCAACUACCUGAAGGAGGUUUAUCAUGGGAUAGACGCCAAAAAUCUCCAUCAGUUGGGUGGGGAUGGAGUAAAACUCAUCUCAGAUGUCCUCCUGCCCGAGGCUAUCAUUUAUGCCAUCUCUGCCCUGGAUGAGAUUGAUUACAAGAAGGCAGAAGAGAAAUACAUCAAGGGACCAUCAGUCAGCAAAAGGGAGAGAGAAAUGUUUGAGGAAGAAAUCCUGGAGAGAAAACGUCAGAGCAAGCUGCUGGCUGCAGACAGAGCCUGAGGCCCCUGGCACAGGCUCCCCAGGCCCUGCUGUACAUUGUGUGUGUGUUGGAAGGGGAAGUUUGCACCAGAGGGAGGAAUUCUGACUCCCCAAAAGAUGGAAUUCUGUUCCCAGCUGCUCUGCAUACUCCUCUCCAGCUGCAGUUGCUCCAAGGCUAUGCUGUUGUCACACAGACCCUUUCCACCCUCUGCAGAGCUGCUGAAGGCAGCACCACAGCUGUAGGGAAUUUUGUGGCCACCUGUGAGGAAGGGAAGAGCUUUUUUGGUGUCCUUCAAGGCUCCUGCAGCUCAAUGGCACAGCCACUCUUGACCUCACUGCUAACUCCUCCAGCUCUUUCCCUCUGGAAGUAUUCUCAGUGGGUUCCUUUCUUGCUUGAAAUAAAGCUAAAACCACAAA